GUUUCAUACUUGUGUCUUGUUGUACUUGUUAAACUUGAAUCCCGUGUUCGCGACUUUGCGAUAGAUUCUCUCAAAUCCAAUUCCAAUGGCGGAUCCAUCUUCUCAAAACCCUAACCUCGCCACUCCCCCUCCUCCUUCUUCUCCUUCACCAACCCAUCAAAUUCAAUCUGGAACCUCGGAAUUAUCGCCACCGUCUCGACCGCCUUGCUCUACCUUGUCCUUUCUCAAGACUGCUAACCGACCAAAACUCCGUGUGACAUCUGAAUUCGACAGCGAUAGUCUCCUUUUCUUAAACAAAGUGUCUUGUAAGCUCUUCGAUAACCUUGCCAAGCUUAAACUCUCGUUUCAGAACAAUUCCCAGCGCGAGAUUUCACAGCCUCAGGUCUCUUUUACUUCCAAACACGUUUCUGUUCUCUAUGAUGUCGAAGAGAAGAAUACUUUCAUUAAGAGCACUCUCGAUGUUCACCCGCGUCUUCAGCUCCGAGCUCUUCAUAAUGUUAAGGCACAACAAGGAGAAGUUGCUAUGGAGGCAAAUCUGACUGAACCUGGCUACUCUCUGGAGCUUUCAUCACCUGUGCCUAUUGGUUACCCAAGAGCAACUCUUAAAUUCCCACUUGGCGAAAUUUCGUUACAAGAAAAAGAUGAGGAGGAGGAGGAGAAGCAGAAAAGAACUUUAUCUGUUAAUGGGAUCCUCAAACGUCAAGUUAUGAAUGGUGUUUGUACCGCUCUAUACACAGAUGAAGAGUUGAGGCUGAGAUAUGCUUAUAAGGAUGAUGCAUUGUCUUUCAUCCCAAGUAUUUCCCUUCCUUCCAAUGCUGCAUCAUUUGCAUUCAAACGGCGGUUUAGCCCUUCAGAUAAGUUGAGCUAUUGGUACAACUUUGAUUCAAACAUGUGGAGUGCUGUGUACAAACGCACAUAUGGUAAAGACUACAAAUUAAAAGCUGGCUAUGAUUCUGAUGUUCGCCUUGGCUGGGCAUCUCUCUGGGUAAAUCAUCAACCUUUAGUUUUCUUUUCUCUCUUCUCUCAUCAGCGUAAUCUUUUUACUCGCUUAAGCCCGAAUCCGAGUCAUACGAGUAAGAUGCUAUAGCAUAUAGAACAUUCAUUCACCACACAAUUGUACCUAAUGAUGCAUCUACCAUCUAAUAAUAUCUAAGGGACACCAUCACUCUUGAGCAAGCUUUUGUUUGAGUGAGUUGUGACCAUGCAUGAGUCUCAUUUUUUAACCGUGGCAGGUUGGUGAUGAAGCUGGAAAAGUGAAAACGACACCAAUGAAGAUGAAAGUCCAGUUCAUGCUUCAAGUUCCACAAGAUGACAUCAAAUCAUCAGUCUUGAUGUUCCGAGUCAAGAAAAGAUGGGACAUUUGAUGAAAUCUUUGAAUAAAUCAUCUCUUAGUUUCACUUUCUUUAAUCUCUCUAUAAAACCCAUAAAAGUUGUUUGUUUCUCCUUAUAUAUCAAAUCUUUUGCAAAGUAGAUACAAAAGCUUAGAGUGAAUAAUUGCAAUUGUAUUUCUGUAGCUUUUUUUUAAAUGAUCUUUUUCACACGUGUGAGACUAGUAUAAAUGUUGCUAAUUUUCGUUUCCAGUAUAAAAAGGUA